ACCCAGGAGCCCCUUAAGGAGCCCCAGGGGCCCCUAGUCCGGCUCCCCACCCUGAAGACAAGCAGGAGCCUUAAAAUACACGAGAGGAGGCCUGCGAUGAUCCGCACUCAGCAGCACGGAGCAGCGGGCUCUCAGCGCCGCCGGACUGCGUGAUUAUUGCGGGAUUCUAUGAAAAGUUAACUUGGCUCCCGUGCGGGGCGCGUGGGGGACAUCGGAGAGCACGGGCUCGCCUGGCAGAUGCGUGUCUCGCGGAGCCGUGCGGUGUGAACAUGUUCCUGUGAGGGGGACAUGUCCCGCUCCAGCGCUGCGGUACCGUGAAGGAAGCAGGAACCGCAGCGGCCAUUACCGCAGCAGCAGGGCCCGUGAUGGAGGAGGGAGGACCGGGCGAGCCCAGGGAGCUCCUCCGGGGUGCGGAGCAGGCGGAGGUGCUCUCAUUAAUAAUAAGCGGGGAGGAGGAAGCGACGCGGGCGGACAGUGAAGACGGGGACGCUCUGGCUAACGGUCACGUGGAGGAGGAGCCCGCCAGGUCACCAGGAACCAGCUACUGGAGCAUCACAGAGGUUCAGGACCACCCGCUGCUCCUCUCCCCAGCUGCAGGUCCCACAGGACGUAAAGCUCCUGUUCAGAAGGCCUCACGUCCGGGCCUGAGCCGCAUCCCGGGCCGAGACCACCGCCGGUACUACCACGAGUACUGGAGGAGCGAGUACCUGAUGGACUUCGAUCCGCAGAGACACGGCAUGAUCUGCAUGGUGUGCGGCAGCUCGCUCGCCACACUGAAGCUGUCCACCAUCAAACGACACAUCAGACAGAAACAUCCAGACUCCCUGCUGUGGAGCGCCGCAGACAAGGAGGUGAUCCGCUCCGGCUGGGAGAGCCACCUCAGUCUGGGGGGAGGUCAAAGGUCUUACGGCUCUGCAGAGGGAGCCUCGGCUCAGGAGGAGGAGGAGCAGCUGGACUCUGAGCAACACGCUGCAGCAGAGCCUCCGUACCCAGUGACUCCCCAGGAGCAGCAACAACAGCCGCUCAGUCCGUCCCCCCGCUCCGAGGAGGGUGAAGCCCCCUUGCCCCAGGAGGAAGAGGAGGAUCAGGACCUCCCGGGGCCGUCGGCACAGACUCUGGAGCGCUACCUGAACGACUCACUGCACGCGUGGUUCAGGCAGGAGUUCCUAAUGGAGUACGAGGCGGAGGCAGGCCGGCUGCUCUGCAUGGUGUGUGGAGGAGAGCUACCCUCGCUCCACCUGGAACACAUCAAGAGUCAUGUGUUGGACACCCACCCCAACUCCCUGGUCUACAGCUCGGAGGAGAAGCACUGCAUCCUGCAGGCCUGGGCUCAGACUCACGAAGAGUCAGAAAUGUCAAUCAAAUCAGAGCCGGACACCAAAGACAGCGUGAGGGCGGAGCUCUUCUCUCAGGAGGUGAAGGCCAUGCAGCUCCACACUGACUCGUACCCAGAAGCGGAUGGCACUUUAACUCAGGACACAUGUCUCAUCGGAGAGGACGGGGGCGUCGGAGCUCCUCAGCAGGGACCCCCGCCUCCACGCCCGCCCAGGAAGAGGCGCCUGCGGGGGGGCGACCCCUGGCGGCUUCGCCUCGACUACCUGGUGGCAUACGGACCGGCGGGUCAGGGGACGUUCUGCAUGGUGUGUUCUCAGGUUCUCCACGAAACCAAGGUCAGCAGCUUCCGCCGCCACAUCCAGGAGAACCAUCCAGAAACCACGAGCCUGAGCCGGGAGGAGAGAGAGGCCAUGGCUGCUGCCUGGACCAAAGAUUACUCCGGAGAGGGGUCACACAUUCAGGACGAAAUCAACCUGGACGGGGCUGACGCUCUGAACACCUCCAGAGAGACAAACAAGGAUGCUUCACCCAACGUCAGGACGCCAAGUAAGAUGAUAAAGAAGGAGGAGGGCAGUGUGAGUGGAGGGCGGGGUCGAGCAAGGGACGUGAGCGCCGCUGCGGCCGCGUCCUCCCGUCAUGGUCAUUACCCCGGGAAGGACCAGCGCAGGAACUACCAGGUGCGCUGGAGGAUGGAGUACCUGAUGGACUACGACAGCCGCAGACACGGACUCAUCUGCAUGGUUUGUGGAGCCACGCUGGCCACGCUGAAGGUGAGCACCAUCAAGAGACACAUCCAGCAGGUGCACCCCCACUCCCUGGACUACAGUCCUGAGGAGAAGCAGCAAGCCCUGCUCAGCUACAACCAGACCGCCCUGCACUUCAUCCACCCGGAAGACCUGCUCCCCACCCAGGAGCACGCACACACCGAGCUGGGCCCCGCUCCACCACACUUUGGCAUGUAGAAAGGGCUUCAUUCUGUCGCUCCUCACACGCCCCCCCAUUCACAAACGCCCUCCCCCGACUUCAGUCUUACAGGGAAGUUCAAGUUUAUUUUGUCUAACAGGGUCUUUUCCUUCUUACACUCUCUCCUUAGUCCUUGUUUUAUCUGGUGUUACAGAUCUGCUCAGAGCUGGUACUAAAUGUUAGCAUGUUUCAAAACAGCCUCUCACUCUGAGAGGACUGCUCUGCCACUGAGGGAGGGUCACAAACCUAAACUGUAUCGGCCUGAAGAAUAAAAGUCCAGACACUUGCAGAUUAAGAUCCUACCUUUACAGAAUGAUCAGUUUCAUAAGAAGUGAGCCGAGGUACCUGCAGGAAUACAGGACUGUCGUUCAAAUGGAACCCAAUAAAGGGUUAAAACAAAUGACAGCGUUAGAGCCACAUUAGAGAAAACAUACUCAACUCAACUUUAUUUAUAUAGCACCUUACAUACAUAAAGAUUACAUACAAUAAAAUUAAUAAAAUAAGUAAUAGUGGAAAGAAAAUUUAAAAAUAAGGUAGUGUUAAGAAAAUCAGAUGAGUACAAUGAAUAAAUACAUAAUUAAAUAAGAUAAAUAUAUGUUAAAGCAAUGAUUCAAAUAAUAAUGAUUCAAAGAAUAAUAAUAAAAAUAACAAUAAUACCUAAGGUUUAGAGAAUACAUUAAAAGACUGAACACUAUUCAUUUGACACAGGAUUAAAAAACAACAUCAAACUGGUUAACAGAGUGGGUCUACCACUAGCAGUGCUAACACCAGCAGCAGGUUAGCGUCCUCAUGUCUGUGCUGGUUCCUCAUUGCUCUGGUGGAGUGGUUAUAUGUCAGUUUAAUCAGACACAGCCUACAUACAACUUUAUCUCCAUUUACUAGAUAAACAUACUGACAAACCACGCUGCACUACCAGAUGACAUCUGUCACCUGUGCUCCUUUACAUCCAGGUAGUAGAGCUUUAGGGCUUUAUAUCUGCAGACAUUAACUGGAGCUACAGCUAGCUGCAGCUGAGCCACAAAUGACCGACAUACCUGCAAGUUUCCUCAAAUAAUUCACCAAGUUGUCAACAUAUUUUAGAAACACUCAGAUGUUUUUCUCAUACUUUCUUUUCUGACCAGCCUGACGCUGAGUUUCUGUGUUAGCCAUCCUGUCGAGUGUCUGGACUUUUGUUCUUGAACCCCUCAGUGGCAGGCUCGUAGUUAUCGUUUGUGAUGUUUACCUGUUCCCUUCAGGUGAGGGGGGUGUCCGGGGCUCGAGUCUUACACUCUCAGGAAGUUCAGAAACAGAGUCUUCGUCGAGGUCGUGCUCAGUUAGCUUGAUGCUAACGUGACUGAAGACAAACAGCACUUUGUCCCCAAAAACUUUUCAACCCUGCGCUUGUCCGCGCGGCCGAAUGACACUGAUGUUAAAGCUGAAGACAAUGAAUGCAGCGUGCAGUUUUCACCACCCUCUGGUUUAUUUAAUGACACAUUUACAGGAGGAGGAGUCUUCCUCCAUGAUACUGAGAUAUGUUAUCUCUCCACCAGUCAGCUCACCGGCCUGCUUCUUCCUCACUACUCAUCCAAAACUGCACAAGAAAUGUAAAUAUAUGAAAAAAGUGAAUUAUUUUUCCUUUAUACGAGCACUUUUAUGCACCCUGGUUUCUACAAAACUUGUUUGUAAUUAAGUCCAGUUUUUCUACUUUAACUAAAAACAACAACGAUGUUUCUUCUUGUUGGACUUUGAACAUUUCGCUCCAGUUUUGGUACUGCUUCAUUUCCGUUUACUGUACAGAGUGUGCAACAAAAGAAGUUCACUUACAGAGACAUGAGAGAAAAUUCUGCCAUAAUGUGUUGCGUCUUCACCUGGACAAUGUAACUCAGGGAUUCUGUUUACAUCAACAACAUCAGUGAUCUGACACGUGACGUCUGAAAAUACACCUGUGAGCGUGAAAGGUAAGGAUUGGAUAUGACAGAGUGACGGGGCCGGAACAAAAAACUGAGGAUUAAAAUCAAACUGAAAAUUAAUUUAGAAUAGUUUUGGUUUGACGUUGUGUUAUAGGAACUAUUCAGUUUUUAUUUUGUAAUUUUGAGGGAAUUUUUUUUAUUUUAUUUGAACUUAUACUGCAAAAAAUAAGGAUGUGAAAAAAUGUCAACUUUAAAUAAUUUGACUGAGUUGUUAUGAACUGUGAAAGCGAGAGGAGAAUUCUUAAUUUAAAAAUAAUUAAUUUGUUGCAAAAAUUGUUGAUAGUUAGCAUUAUUUUUUUUUUGUUGGAUAAAAAGCACUUAGGAGAGAUACUUUUUAUUAUUCUGAAUAUAAAUGUUAAAAUUAAAAAAAGUUUAAUUUUGAGAAAAUUUAAAUCUAAUUAUAAAUAUUAAAUCCAAUUGAAAAUUGCAAAAUUGUAAAAAUGCAAAAAAUAAAUACCACAAUAUUAAUUAGAAAGAAAAGUAGCAAUAUUAGCUAAUUAGUUAUAAUUUUGAGGAUUUUUUAAAAUUAUUAUAUUUUGUUUGAAAAAACAGGUUUAUUUAGGAAAAUGUUUCCUAGAACAAUUGUUUAGUUAAAAAAUAAUUAAAAAUCAUGUUUGACUUGGGAAAUAAGCAUUUUGGGAAAAAAUUCAGAAAGCAGUUGCAAAGAAAGAUUUAAUAUUUUGAGAAAGUAAUAUUUUUUGAGUGUAAAUUAGUUUAUUUGGAUGAAAAGUGUUUUGAUGAUGAUUAGAUGAAAUGUAGAAAUAAUCAUUGUGAAUAGUAAAGUGUUUUGUAUUUAAAGAAAAAUGUGUUGAAGUGACCGAGUCUUUGAAUUUUGAAAGUUAAAAUUAUUUAUUUAAGUUUAUUUUAGGGAUUUGAGUUUUUGUUAGGCCCCCAAAAAAUCAAAGAAAACAUUUUGAGAAUAAGUUCAGUCAGGAAAAUUAAAAGUUGCACUUCUUUCAGUUUAUCCUUUCAGAUUUUUGUUCCAGUUUCCUGUGACUCUGUCGUUAACCAUUAAAUCUUUGAUCUUAAAUGACGUUAAAGGAGAAACAUAAAUCCCUGACACUCUGAUAUUAAAAUAAAAUCCAGAUUCACUCUGUCUCUGCUGGAGAGACCUGACAGCACUUAAUUAUUUAAAUGAAGUUAGUCAAACGAAUGAGAUGAACUUUUACUCUGAGUGUGUGUGUAAGCGAACGUGUGUGAGUGAGCAUGUGUGUGUGUGUGUGUGUGUGUGUGUGUGUGUGCGUACUGUAUAUGUUCUUAAAGAGGUUUUGUGUUUUUUCUUCACUCUCACCUUUCCUCACCUGUACAUCUGAACAUGUGAGACGUGUUUUUUCUCCUCAAUGAUCUUUGAAUAAAAAUACUCCACUCACCGUGA